UUUGAGGCGAGAUUGUCCAGCAAAAGUCAGACCUUUCGUGUCUUCGUUUCAAAAUCACUCACUCACUCAGUGUUUUGUCCAAUUGUAUGUUACAGAUUCUUCAGAAAACGAAAGAACUUUCCUUUUCCUGUCUCUCCUCUCCACUGUUUUUCCCCCUUCCGGUUUCGAAAAUCCAACCCCAACUACUCCCCUUUGCUUUUAGAUUUUCUCUGAAAGUGACUCGCACUUGCUCAAGAGACGUCAAAAAGCCCCGAAAUCUGGCGAAUUUCCAUUUCCGCCGGAAGGAGAAGAAAGGGUUCCUGCUCUUUUUCUGGGUCGUUUGGUGCUCUAAUGGCGGCUGUGAACUCCCAAAGGCGUUAGCUUUUGCAAAAGGGUUUUUGCUAAACACGAUGAAUAAUCCUUCGAUGGCAGAGACUGGUUACUGAUCUCGAUUCACUUCCACAUUGUUGCUUCAAGUUCAAGUUGAAAGUUGAAGUCUUUCUGGACAUGUUCAUGUGAGUUUCUUCGGCAAGUGAUCGCCUUAUUUACGAACACAAGUCCAUAAUCCUAAAAACCCAUUAUUGGGUUUAUCAAAACCUUCGAAGAUGGAACCAUCGUUGAUCUGAUUGAGUUGGAGAAAGUCUCCAUUUAUAAUUCAGUCUCGUCAUCACCAGUCAUGGUGGUCUCCCGUAGCGUUUCGUUUUGGUUUCUCAGAUGGUUCCUGUCGGCGUUGUUCUUUGUCGGUUCAUCUGUUUCUCUCGGCUCAAAAUGUCACCCGAGCGAUUUAUCCGCCCUCCGGGAAUUCGCGGGCAAUCUCACGAAUGGAUCUAUUAUCGCAUCGUGGCCGAAAGAUUCGAGUUGUUGUGAAUGGGUUGGUGUGUUCUGUGAAGCUGGUUAUCCUGCGGAUAAUGUGUCUGUUUCUGGUAGAGUUACAAAGUUGGUUCUGUCUGAAAAGGAUCUUGAAGGGGUUAUUUCAGGUUCUUUAGGACAGUUGAGUAGGCUGAGAAUUCUUGAUCUCUCAUAUAACGGUCUUCAAGGCAAAUUACCGACGGGGCUGUCCAAGUUGAAGGAGCUCGAAGUUCUUGACUUGAGCCACAACUCGUUGUCAGGAUCGGUGUCGGGUUUGCUGUCGGGUUUGAGAUCGAUUCAGUCAUUGAACAUCUCCAGCAAUUCACUGAGUGGUAACCUAUCCGACAUUGGAUUGUUUCCGAGUCUUGUCAUGUUGAACAUAAGCAACAACUCGUUUGGGGGUCAGAUUUAUCCGGAACUCUGCAGCUCUUCUGGUGGCGGAGUUAGGGUUCUUGAUCUGUCGAUGAACCGUCUGGUAGGAAACCUUGGCGGAUUGUACAAUUGCAGCAAAUCUCUUCGGCUUCUGCAUGUCAACAGCAACGAGUUGACUGGUCAACUUCCCGAUUCUCUCUACACGAUGCUUGCCUUGGAGCACAUCUCAAUCUCUGGAAACUACUUAUCGGGACAGUUAAGCCAGAAACUGAGUAAGCUCUCUAGUCUUAAGUCCCUUGUAGUUUCAGAGAAUCGGUUGUCGGGUUUGAUCCCCGACGUGUUCGGUAAUCUCACACGACUCGAGCACUUGGAUGCAAAUUCCAACAUGUUAUCGGGCGCAUUACCCUCGACCUUAUCGCUAUGCUCGAAACUGCGGGUGCUUGAUCUUAGGAACAACUCUUUAUCCGGAAAUAUCGAUAUUGAUUUCACGGGAUUGCCCGAUCUUUGUGUUCUUGAUCUUGCAAGCAAUCAUUUAACCGGCUCUCUUCCGGAUUCUCUGGGCCAUUGCCCUGAAUUGAGGAUCUUGAGUCUGGCCAAGAAUGGAUUCAGCGGCAAGAUACCCGACAGUUUCACGAAUCUGAAGUCUCUGCUGUUCCUGUCCGUAUCCAACAACAGUUUCGUGGAUCUGUUGGGAGCAAUGCAUGUACUUCAACGGUGCGGAAACCUAACCACUCUUAUCCUCUCAAAGAACUUCAUCGGCGAGGAAAUACCGAGCGACGUCACUGGUUUUGAUAAUCUCAUGAUCCUGGCACUUGGAAACUGCGGUCUUAAGGGUCGGAUCCCGAGUUGGCUGUUGAAGUGCAAGAAGCUGGAAGUUCUUGAUCUGUCUUGGAAUCUGAUUCGUGGAACAAUCCCUCAAUGGAUCGGUCAGAUGGAGAGAUUGUUCUACAUAGACUUCUCGAACAACACUUUAACUGGAGAAAUCCCGACGAGCAUGACAGAACUCAAGAACCUGAUACAUCUGAACUGCAGCUCUUCUCGUACGUCUACUUCCUCGGGGAUUCCUCUCUACGUAAAACGUAACAAAAGUACCAGCGGUCUGCCUUACAACGAAGUCUCCAGGUUUCCGCCAUCGAUAUACUUGAACAACAACCGGCUAAACGGGUCGAUACCCUCUGAGAUUGGAUGGCUGAAAGAGCUCCACAUGCUGGAUUUGAGCAGGAACAACUUCAGCGGGACAAUACCCGGUUCCAUCUCCGAGCUCGAGAACUUGGAACUUCUCGAUUUGUCCUACAACAAUCUCUACGGUUCCAUCCCUACAUCGUUUCAGAGCCUGACUUUCUUGUCCAAGUUCAGUGUGGCAUAUAACCAUCUCGUCGGUCCGAUUCCCUCGGGAGGUCAGUUCUACAGCUUCCCUCUCUCGAGCUUCGAGGGAAACCCGGGUCUAUGUCGGGCGAUAGACUCUCCCUGCGAUGUUCUGAUCAACAGCAUAUUAAAACCGAAUGCUUCAUCCCAUACCGCGAGAAGAUUCGGUAAAGGCAGCAUUGUCGGACUGACAAUAAGUCUAGCCAUCGGCAUUACUCUGCUUCUCUCCGCCGUUCUUCUCAGGAUCUCGAGAAAAGAUGUCGGUGACCGCAUCAAUGGCUACGACGAGGAAAUCAGCGGGGUGCCGCCCGGGUUGUCUGAAGCUCUUGGGGGGUGCUCGAAGAUCGUGCUUUUCCAGAACUGUGGAUGCAAAGAUCUCAGCGUUUCUGACUUGUUGAAGUCUACAAACAACUUCAGCCAGGCGAACAUAAUAGGUUGCGGAGGAUUCGGCCUCGUCUACAAAGCUAAUCUCCCCGAUGGAUCAAAAGCAGCAAUCAAGAGGCUUUCGGGUGAUUGCGGGCAGAUGGAACGAGAGUUCCAAGCCGAAGUGGAAGCACUGUCACGGGCACAGCACAAGAACCUCGUAUCCCUUCAGGGGUACUGCAAGCACGGACAUGACCGUCUACUGAUUUAUUCGUACAUGGAAAACGGAAGCUUGGAUUACUGGCUGCACGAAUGCAUGGACGGGAGCUCGGUCCUGAAAUGGGAGACGAGGCUAAAGAUAGCUCGAGGGUCGGCUCGCGGGCUUGCCUACCUGCACAAGAUCUGCGAGCCCAACAUCAUCCACAGGGACGUGAAAUCGAGCAACAUCCUUCUGGACGAGAAGUUCGAAGCCCAUCUUGCGGAUUUCGGGUUAUCGAGGUUGCUCCGGCCGUACGACACGCACGUCACGACCGAUCUGGUGGGGACGUUGGGCUACAUCCCGCCGGAGUACAGCCAGACGCUGAUCGCGACGUGCAGAGGCGACGUAUACAGCUUCGGGGUGGUGCUGUUGGAGCUCGUGACGGGUCGGAGGCCGGUCGAGGUUUGCAAAGGGAAGAGCUGCAGGGAUUUGAUGUCUUGGGUGUUCCAGAUGAAGGCGGAUAAGCGCGAGGAGGAGAUCAUCGACUCGUCCGUACGAGGGAACUCGAACGAGAAGGCGGUUCUUGAGAUGCUGGAGAUUGCGUGCAAAUGCUUGGAUCAUGAACCUAGAAGGAGACCCUCGAUCGAGGAAGUCGUUUCUUGGCUCGAAGGUAUUCCCAUGGAGUCUCGUUCUGUUCAACAAUGAAGAUGUUUUUUUCCCUUUUUUUUAAUUUUUUUUUUUCAAGUGGCUAAGCAAUUCAAAUGAUAUGAUGGAGAGUGGUGGGAAGAAUUUGGGGUAUACAUGUAAAAGAGCAAGACAACGCUCAUUCUCCGACCGAAUGUUAUGGUCACAGUUUGUAACUGCAGAUCAUACGAGCUGAAGCUGGCAUCCCUUGUUGGUUCUUAUUUCUUUACACACAAAUAUUCGAAUAUUCUCUAAAUCCAUUCGGUUAUUCUGUUGGCA